AUGCGAGCAUUUGAGAUAGACUUUUCUUGGCUUUCGCUUGGUCAUUGGGUUUCCCUGCUUGAACAAUGGCCAAGUCGAAUGUGUUGGCUCAUUGACAGGGCUGUGGACAUCAGCAAUAAUAGUUUAACUCUUGCAGAAGUGUAUCAUCAGCUCAAGGAUCAUAUCCCAAAAAAGGACUCACUUAUCGAGCUGGACAGAAAUCCAGACAAUUUUGAGGCUAGUGCUUUCCUUGAUUCAACAGCCAUCCCAAGUUCCGAGCAGCUUACGGUAGGGCAUGUCAAGAAGUUCGUGCCAUGCACAAGUAAUCUUGACCCUUACCUUCGGAAACUGAUCAGAGAACGCCGCCAAGGACUUGAAGAUCCUGUUCAGGACCUUGGAUUCGGUUCUGUGGUUAUUCCACCUGCUGCAAAAUAUCUUUUCACCCUCCUAAAAGUGAUAUUUAUCAUUCCAUAA